CGGGUCGCACUGAAGGAUGGUUUUGUGCGCAGCUGCCGAGGCCUGUAGUUUUUCAAUGCUCUGAAACACGAGAGACUUGUAAUUGUUUAGCAAUUCUAAAGCUGUGGAGUGGGAUGGCUCUUAAUAAAUCUAUGCAUCCACGGAACCGAUAUAAAGACAAACCUCCAGAUUUUUCAUAUCUGGCAUCAAAGUACAAAGAAUUCCAACAGCAUGUGCACACAAACUUGACUGGGAAAGUGAGUUUAAACUUUAAAGAACCUGAGGCAGUCAGAGCGCUUACAUGUACUCUAUUGAAGGAGGACUUUGGACUUACAAUCGACAUCCCGUUGGAGAGGUUGAUUCCUACUGUUCCUUUGCGGCUCAACUACAUACAUUGGGUUGAAGAUCUGAUCGGCUGUGGCACCAAUAAAAAUAAACUCAUCCGAGGUAUUGACAUAGGAACUGGUGCCUCCUGUAUCUAUCCUUUGCUUGGGGCCACUAUGAAUGGUUGGUUUUUUCUUGCAACCGAGGUGGACGACAUGUGCUUCAGCUAUGCAACAAAAAACGUGGAGCAGAACAAUCUAUCCGACCUCAUUAAAGUGGUGAAAGUGCCUCAGAAGACCUUGUUGAUGGAUGCACUGAAAGAGGAAUCGGAGAUUGUGUAUGAUUUCUGCAUGUGUAACCCACCAUUCUUUGCGAAUCAAAUGGAAGCUCAGGGUGUAAACUCCAGGAAUCCAAGUCGCCCACCUCCCAGUUCCAUAAAUACAGGUGGAAUUACCGAAAUAAUGGCUGAGGGUGGAGAGUUGGAAUUUGUGAAAAGAAUUAUCCAUGAUAGCCUUCAACUGAAAAAGAGAUUGAGGUGGUACAGCUGUAUGUUGGGAAAGAAAUGCAGCUUGGUUCCAUUGAAAGAAGAACUUCAGCAACAAGGGGUCCCUAAAGUCACCCACACUGAAUUCUGUCAAGGACGAACCAUGAGGUGGGCUUUGGCCUGGAGUUUUUAUGAGGAUGUAAUUAUGCCUUCUCCUCCAUCCAAGAAAAGGAAACUGGAGAAGCCACGAAAACCCAUUACCUUCACACUGUUGGAAUAUACAGUUAAGGAAUUGAGGAAUAAGGUUGCAAGUUCAGAACCAGUACCCUCUGAUGCCAUUGAGGUGGUGACGGCAGUGGUGGAAAAAAUUCUUACUGACCUGAAGGUCCUCUUUAAACGCGUGCCCUGCGGUAAAGAUGAAGUGAGUUUAUUCCUGACAGCCAUACAGAACUCAUGGGUGCACGUUCGCCGUAGGAAACGAGAUGGAGCGAGACAGCUUCGGGAACUCCCCAGAGCCACCUCAGACCCUUUCCAGUCCACAGAAGCGGACAGUACUUCCCAAAGUCACUCCAGUCCUAAUACCGGUCCAGACGGGGCGGAGAGAAGCAAUGUUGGGGCUGGUGAAAUGGCAGGUGAAAAUGAAGAGGAGCUCCCAGCUAACGGAGGUAAUAGUCUCUUGAGCGUAAUGCCGCUAGAUCAAGAAAGCAACAUGGAAACCGAAGAGAGGUUCAGUUCUUCUGACAGCAGUUCGACUGUCUUGGGAACUGACAGUGCGGUUGAGAAGGAGAAAGCCAGUUCCGCCCGAGCAAACCCGGAAGCCGAAGACACUCCAAAAGGGAGCGGGAGCUGCUUUUUGUUCAAGUGCCUGGUGAACGUGAAGAAGGAUGGAAGGAACGCCCAGGUGGAGAUGCACUGGGUUGAGGGUCAAAACAGGGACCUGAUGAACCAGCUCUCUACCUUUCUGCGAAAUCAGAUUUUCAAACUUGUGGUUAGUUAAAGAACUAUUUUUUAUCUUGCCAAGCUACGUGCUGAAUUGUUGUUUUGGCUCAAUACCACACACAGAUAAAUUCACCAGUGUCAUUGUUAUAUUUUUUGACUGGCUUUCGAUUUGCCAGAAUUUGGAGAUUUUUUUUUUUGGCAUCUUCCAACCAAGUGCAUGUGCAGUUAGCGUCACCCAGUGCUCUCCGGAUACACCAUUUAAACACAAAAGACAAAGAGAAUUGCUGUACUCUUAAGACUUAAACAGACAAAUUUUAGUUUGGUUUAGUUUAGAGAAAGAGACCCUUCGGCCCACAAAGUCCACGCCGACCUUCGGUCACCUGUUCUACGUUUUCCUACUUUCUCAUCAAUUCCCUGCACUUUAAGGGCAAUUUACAGCAGCCAAUUAACCUAUAAACCUGCAUGUCUUUGGGAUGUGGGAGGAAAACCUAUGCGAUCACAGGGAGAACAUGCAUACUACCACGGUUAGGAUUGGACCCGGACCUCUGCUGCUGUAAGGCAGCCACUCUACCAGCUGCGCCACUGUGCUGCUUAUAUUCCCCAUGCUUUGAUAUUAAUUUACCAGGAGAUUAAUUUGUAAAGAUCUACUGAGCUAGCCGAUUCCAAACAAGGAGAAACCAGCAUCUGCAGUUCCUUCCUACACAAAGAGAUGCAGAAACCCCCUAUAAUGAUAAGACGAUUACAUUCAAACAGCAAUUUCCUGAUGACAACUACUUCUUACAUAAGAGUCCAACAGUCACAUGACAAUUGCAAAUAUUUUACAUCGUCCAACCAGAAUGAAUUUGGAGUGCUUUACUUUGUAGCACAGAACUUGUUCUUCAAUAAUUGCAAAGCAUUUUGCCUCCGUUGUUGGUAGUCUCAAUAUCUUUAACCCUUUUUGCAUUCAGCAUUUCUUCUCAUGCUGCCGCUAAUGUUCUUUUCCUUGUUCAAGCUACCAGAUUCCAAGUUCCAGAUUUGAUUUUUUUGUUGUUGUGAAGAUUGCCAUCUCGUAUGUAUCCCAAUAAAGUUACAUCUCAGAUGAUCCUUAUGUUCUUGUAGACAAUAGAAUUCUCGAGGCACUUUAAGGAAAGAAACUUGAAUGAGGGGGAGAAAGGGAAAUCUGGUGAAGAAGUGGCUCAGUGGGUAGAGCUGCCCACAGCACCAGAGAGCUGGGUUCGAUCCUGGCCUCGGGUGCUGUAUGUGUGGAGUUUGCACGUUCUCCCUGUGACUGUGUGGGUUUGCUUCGGUUUCCUCCCACAUCCUAAAGACGUGCGGGUUUGUUAAUGAAUUGGCGACUGUAAAUUGCUCCGAGUUUGCGAAAUAAGGAUAAGACCAAACUAGCGUGAGUUGGCGAUCGAUGGGCAGUGUGGACUCGGUGGGCCGAAGGGCCUGUUUCCAUGCUGUAUCUCCGAGAUGGAUUCAAAAGCAAGGUCAAAGAAGAUGAAUUUUAUAAGUUGUUAAAAUAGAUUUUGGUUCCUUCCUCGUCAAGAGCAAAUCAGAGAAUUUCAGUUUGAACUCUAGAAAGCUCAGGUACCUGGUUCCAGUAAGAAGCCAUCAUCCUUUGGGGGAAAACUAGUUUCUUCAUAUUAAGAAGUUUUAAGUAUUAAUUUCCGAUUUUAUUCAAAAAUAAAUAUUAAAGUGUCUUUGUAAUUCUGUUUUUUUUUUACACCCAGUGAAUGCAAUAAUCAUCCCACAUUUUUGUAUAUUAAAUUGAAGAAGAACCAAUCCUGCAUUUUUAUUUGGUACUGAAAAUGCAAUGGACAAUCAAUAUGCAUGCUGUUAAAAAAACCUGUUAUCUUCAUUCUAUUAAAUGAGAUUUAAUCUACAGCUGUAAAAUUUA